CGCGGCAGCCGAGGCGCGAGCUGCCCGAUAAUGGCGGCCUGCAGAGCUCAUGAGAGGGAGAAGCGGCGGCGGCUGCCCUGAGAAACCUCGACCUUGAAGAUGGUGAGUAGCCAGCCAAAGUACGAUCUAAUACGGGAGGUAGGCCGAGGCAGUUACGGUGUGGUGUAUGAAGCGGUCAUCAGAAAGACCUCUGCGAGAGUAGCUGUGAAGAAAAUCCGAUGCCACGCACCUGAGAAUGUUGAACUGGCCCUUCGAGAGUUCUGGGCACUAAGCAGUAUCAAGAGCCAGCACCCGAAUGUGAUUCACUUGGAAGAGUGCAUCCUACAGAAAGAUGGGAUGGUGCAGAAGAUGUCCCACGGCUCGAAUUCUUCCCUUUAUUUACAGCUUGUAGAGACUUCACUAAAAGGAGAGAUUGCCUUUGACCCCAGAAGCGCCUAUUACUUGUGGUUUGUGAUGGAUUUUUGUGACGGAGGAGAUAUGAAUGAGUAUCUGUUGUCUAGGAAACCCAAUCGAAAGACUAACACCAGCUUCAUGCUUCAGCUCAGCAGUGCUCUGGCCUUCUUGCACAAAAACCAGAUAAUCCACCGAGACCUGAAGCCUGAUAACAUCCUGAUUUCUCAGAGCAGGUUGGAUACCAGUGACUUGGAACCCACAUUGAAAGUGGCCGAUUUUGGCCUGAGUAAAGUUUGCUCAGCAUCUGGGCAGAACCCGGAAGAACCUGUCAGUGUAAACAAGUGUUUCCUUUCCACAGCAUGUGGAACGGAUUUCUACAUGGCUCCCGAAGUAUGGGAAGGACACUACACAGCAAAAGCUGACAUUUUUGCUCUGGGAAUUAUCAUCUGGGCAAUGCUGGAGAGGAUCACCUUCAUUGACACAGAGACAAAGAAGGAGCUCUUGGGGAGUUAUGUAAAGCAGGGGACCGAAAUUGUGCCUGUUGGGGAGGCACUUCUGGAAAACCCCAAAAUGGAACUUCUCAUCCCUGUGAAGAAAAAGUCGAUGAAUGGCCGAAUGAAACAACUGAUAAAGGAAAUGCUGGCCGCAAACCCUCAGGAUCGCCCGGAUGCUUUUGAACUAGAACUCAGAUUAGUCCAAAUUGCAUUUAAAGACAGCAGCUGGGAAACGUGACCUCCUGCUUGCAAGCAUCUUAGAUGGUGCUGCUUCAGAUUCAGUGGAAAUACAUUACAUGGCUGAAAAGAAGACGGAAGUUAGACUCCACUUUCUAAGAGUUUAGGUUUUAUUGUGGGGUAGUUUUUUCCUCUUGUUUUUCCUGAUUCAUGCAGGCCAUUUUAUUGUAUGUUUUGAAUGUGUAUUACCAAUGUGGCUAUAAAAAAUUUUUUUUAAUGAUCAUUGGUAAAAGGUUGGCAGAAAAAAUUCUCUUAUGAGCCAAGCAGAGAAGAAAGUCCCAUUUUCUAGAAAUAUCUUUAAGUAUUUUGGACAUUCCUUGUCAGUAUUAGGCAUUUCCGUGGAAAAGAGGAUUGCGUGCUGGUAACGCAACCUUUGAAGCUUUGUAAAGGAAACAUGUAUGUAUAUAUUUAUGUGUAUGUAAGUAUGCAUUCCACAUGAAGAAAAGGCCACUUCUGUUUAAAUUA